GUUCUGUUUUGUUUGUCUUGCCCCCCGACGAAGAGUGUGGUGUGUGGGGUGUACGAAAACGCGAAACGUGGACGUGUGGGAGCUGCUCAGCUCUGCCGCUGGCGGCAGAACGCGGCACAUUUCUCUGCUUCUUCACAUUGGCCAGGUGGAAAUUUGUUGUUGGCUUAGCUGCUGGGCGAGUCGAAAGAAGGCAAACAAAAGAGAAACAAACACAGAUACGGCAUACAGAUACAGAUACAGCCACAGCCAGAGAGAUACAGCAUCAUAGAUAUUGGUGAUCUGGAAGUGGCUUAGUCGCUGGUCCGCCGCCCCGCUGCUCUCACCUCUUCCCCCCCGCUCCCGAUGAGCUUCACCAGCAGCGAGAUGAACGGACGCUCAAUACGCAUCAAUCGUGUGCCGGCCACCAUUUGCGCCAUCCUGCUGACCAUUGUGCUGGUCUACUUUCUGAACUUCCACCAGGAGGAGCGGCCCGCGAUCUAUGGCAAGCUGCGCAGCGACAAUCCCAAUCGGGUGAACCUGCGCAAGAUGCUGAUCGCCGCCAUCCAGGCGUCGCAGCGCGGCGGCCUCGAGGUGCUCGACGUGGCCCGCUCCCGGCAGCUGAAGGAGCGCAGCAAGGGCCAGACGGACGAGGGCGUCAACGAUCCGUUUACGGAUGCCGACGGCCGCUCCCACUGCGUCAUGAAGCAGGGACUGCAGCGCAUUUUUCCACGUGUUCGCAUCUACUCGGAGGAGGACAAGGAGCACUGCAAGGAGUCGCACAGCUACGAUCUGGACCCCACGGUGCUGCACGAGACGGCCCAGGUGCCGGAUGUGUCUGUCAAUGCGCAGGAUGUCACCGUGUGGGUGGAUCCUCUAGAUGCCACCAAGGAGUUUACAGAGGAACUCUACGAGUAUGUCACGACCAUGGUGUGUGUGGCUGUGGCCGGUCGUCCUGUCAUCGGUGUCAUUCACAGUCCCUUCAACGGGCAGACGGCCUGGGCCUGGGUGGGCAACUCCAUGUCGGAGUAUCUCGCGGGACUGCAUCCAGCGCACGCCGAGGAGCAUGACUCGCCGCCGAUUAUCACCGUUUCGCGCUCGCACACCGCCGGCGCCAAGGAUCUGGCACGCGGCAUCUUCGGGGAGCAAGUGAAUCUGCUGACGGCCGCCGGCGCUGGCUACAAGGUGCUCCAGGUGGUGGCCAACAAUGCCACCGCCUAUCUGCACACCUCCAAGAUCAAGAAGUGGGACAUUUGUGCGGGCGAUGCCAUACUGCACGCCCUCGGCGGCACCAUGACCACACUCAACGACCAACUGAUCCACUAUGGCCCGAACGAGUCGCCGGUGAACACGGAGGGGCUGCUGGCCACCCUGGAGAAGCACGACGAGUACAUGGAUCAGCUGGCCAAGUAUCGCACUGCGCACAAUGGCAAGCUAACGUAGAAGCCCUCAUACUGCUCCCAUGUGAUCCCCCUGCGCUACCGCACCACUCAAGCACCCACCACUUCCAUUUCUCAAGGGUCGUAGCCAUCGGCCAUCGAAUCUGUUCAGUGUUUAGGCAGCCAAACAGCAUAGCAUACGAGAAUAUAUAGUUCUAAGUUC